CAGUCGUCGUAUGAAAAAUGGCUACCGUGUCAAUGUCUUGGUGUCUCCCUAACCUAACCUCUUCUAACCGUCGGCGAGUCAACCGAUACUCCGGAAUGGCUUUUGCUAGUGGAAACAAAGAGACAUCUACUUGUUUGGGGGUGCAGAUUACAGAAGGCUUAGGGAAUUUGCCGAAGAUCGUUUUGACUUCUGCUCACGGAAGUGAGGCUGAGCUGUACUUAUUUGGAGGUUGCAUCACAUCUUGGAAAGUUGCCUGCAAGGAUCUCCUUUUCGUUCGGCCAGAUGCUGUAUUCAAUGGGCAGAAACCGAUCAGUGGAGGAAUACCACAUUGUUUCCCGCAGUUUGGACCAGGCCCAAUGCAGCAGCAUGGGUUUGCAAGAAAUAUGACUUGGUCGAUUGCUGAUUCUGAAAAUGUUGAAGGAAAUCCUGUUGUUACUCUAGAGCUAAAAGAUGGUCCAUCUAGUCAUGCUAUGUGGGAUUUUAAUUUCCAAGCUCUAUACAAGGUCAUCCUAGAUAAAAGGAGCCUCUCAACAGAAUUAAAAAUUACUAAUAAGGACAAAAAACCAUUUUCAUUCAAUACUGCCCUGCAUACAUACUUCAGUGCUUCUGUGACAGGUGCGUCGGUCAGAGGCUUAAAAGGUUGCAAAACACUGAAUAAAGACCCAGAUCCGAAAAAUCCACUGGAGGGCAAGGAGGAAAGGGAUGUAAUCACAUUUCCGGGAUUUGUUGACUGCGUUUAUCUUGAAGCCCCUGAUGAGUUACACCUGGAUAAUGGUUUGGGUGAUACAAUAUCCAUUCGGAAUUCAAACUGGUCAGAUGCAGUACUGUGGAACCCAUAUCUGACAAUGGAAGCAUGCUACAAAGAUUUUGUUUGCGUUGAAAAUGCCAAGAUUGGAAAUGUCCAGCUAGAGCCGGAGGAAUCAUGGACAGCCACACAGCAUCUAAGCAUCAGCUGAACAUUUUUCCCUCUUCUCUUCUUCAUCUUUCUUGUUCCCAUUUUUCCUUUUUGGCUCCUGUUUUGUAAAGCUCUCCCUGGCUCGGGAAAAUACAAUUUGCUUGUUUUAGUAAUGAAAUGUCAUGUUUCCUUUGUAUCCUUCAUGCAACAAAUACUAUUCCAGGACUAAUCUCUCUCUCUCUCUCUCUCUAGUUGUAUGUGGGGGUGUUAAUCUAGACGAGUUACU